AUGAAGAUGCAGUUAGUUCUGGUGUCCCUGACGGCGGCAGUUUCGGCCUCUGUCACGAUUGAAAACAUAAAUGAAAUACCGACGUUAAUUUUUUCCUCGCCCGGCGAUUUCCUCACAGGUGAUCAAAGCUUAACCAAACGCACCGUAUUCAGUUCUUGACGCGAACUUCUCGGAACUCUCGACCUCGUGUGCGAAGACUGUUACAACCUCUACCGCAACGUUGGGGUGGCAGUCCAAUGCAGAAGUAAAUGUUUCCACAACGAAGUGUUCCUCCACUGUGUGUACUACCUGUACCGUAGCCCUCACCAAAGGAACCAGUGA